AUGAUGACGUACAGCAUGAGAAAAAUAGCUGUUUUCAUAGCAUUGUUUCAUGUAAGUAGUGUGGUGGCAACAGUUUACCCCUGCGAAAGCUGUGGCUCACCCAACCUAUCUCCAGCACCUGAAGCUGCCUCACCUGAACUGCCUCCCCUUCCACCAGCUGACUCUCCGGAAACAAAUAAGGCUCCCAAGGAUGGAGUUUUUGAUGUCACUGAGCAUGGCGCAGUGGCUGAUGGGGGGACAGAAAGUAGCUCGGCAUUCUCUGCAGCGUGGAACGCUGCAUGUGGUCAUCCUGGGAACUCUACCUUCUACAUACCUGAAGGAACAUUCCUGGUUGGUCCGAUCUCAUUUCCAGGUCCCUGCUAUAACAACCAGUCACCAAACAUAGAGAUCAGGGGAACUUUGUUGGCUCCAAUCAGCCUUAGCGCCUUUAAAUCGUCCAACUGGAUUGCGUUUAGAAACUUGCAAGGAUUUACUCUCACAGGGGUAACUGAAACAGCAAAAUUAGAUGGCCAGGGAGAAGCCGAAGCCUGGAAACAGUCUAGCUGUGAGAAAUCAGCGAGAUGUAAGAAAUUAAUCACAACAAUAGAUUUUAUCAAUGUUUCAUGUGCAACCAUCAGCAAUAUCACUCUGUCAAACAGCAAGGGCUUCCACCUGGGUCUCCAUGGCAGCAACAACAUUAAUAUCCACAAUCUCAAUAUCACUGCUCCCGGCGAUAGCCCGAACACUGAUGGCAUCCAUGUCAGUCACUCCUCUAACAUAAAAAUUUCUUCCUCAACAAUUGGAGUAGGUGAUGAUUGUGUCUCCAUAGGACCUGGUAGUAGCAACGUCUCUAUCUUUAAUGUCCAUUGCGGCCCGGGCCAUGGAAUAAGUGUGGGCAGCCUUGGCAAGUAUAAAAACGAGAAGGAUGUGGUUGGGAUCAAUGUUCGGAACUGCACCAUCAAAGGCACACAAAACGGCAUCAGAGUGAAGACAUGGCCUGGUGCCCCUGCAAGCAACGCUUCCAACAUGACAUUUGAGGAUGUUUUCAUGAUCAAUGUCUCCAACCCUAUAAUUAUAGAUCAAGAAUACUGCCCUUCAAACAGCUGCAACACUACCCAACCCUCGCUUGUGAAGCUUACAGACAUAUUCAUAAGGAACGUCAAUGGCACCUACAACACCAAAUCUGCAGUGACUUUGCUGUGCAGCACUGAGGUCCCAUGUGAAAACGUUCAGCUUGUCAACAUAAGUCUGAACUAUGUAGUGCCCGACAGUCCUCGGCAAGGCCGCUGGAGCAUGAAGGGGUUUCUUCAUGGCUUACAAGUUAUUAAUUCUAGGUUUUAA